AGCCGCAAGAAAAUCUCGUUAUCCGUACAUAACAUAUUGGUGCCGCUAAAGGUAUUCUGAAUAGUACUAUUCAACAUGAAUGAAAUUAUAAUCAAACCAGUCAAACAUCCACCAGUAAUCAAGCAAAAUUCAUUUUUGUCAGCUGAAGCUCAAACCACUUUAGAGCUAUUGGAAAAGAAGUAUAGUUUCCUCAUAAAUGAGCAGAAAAAAUUGAAGAUGGAUCCAUCCCACUAUUACAAGUCCAUAUAUGCAGCAACUUUCAAGAAAAGAGAUUCUAACCCUGUUAGUCUGCAGGCUAAUACCAGGCAUUCAACUAGUCAUACAGUCACACCUGAUGCUUCACAACUUACUGAAACAAUCACAAAAUCCCAUAAGACGAUUGAUACCAACUUUACAAAAUCUGCAUUUACCACUUCAAAUGUACCCUGCAGUGGAAAAAGUAAGGUUAGAAACCACAUCAAUGUUCCUGUCCUGUUGACUGAAGUACUGUCUGACAUUAGACCAACCGAUGAAGAGAUAGCGCAAGACAUUUUUAAGUUAACUCAAAAUACAAGAGUAAAUAGUCCUAGCAUGGACACAGAAAUAUUUCUGCAUAACUCAGUAGAAACAGAUUACAACCCAAAGAGGCAUGAUUUUAACUCACUUGAUAGUCUUGUAAAUGGGAACAACAGUUUUGAAGUAACUUUUAUGCAACAAUUAAAUGAAAAUUUAAAACGAAACUUCAAUUCUAAAAAUAAAGAAAAUGAAUCCAAUAUAGCAAGAUGUUUUGUACCUGAGGAAUCAAAUGAAUGUCACUCAACACCAAACCAAGACAUGUUUAACUCAGUGAAAAAAAGAGGCCAUGACCUAGCUGUUUUCAACAAUGAAUCGCCUCUUCUCUUCUCAUCUAGCAACCAAGAAUCUGAGCACAUUCAAAUUACUAAUGAAGGAAAAGUAAAUUGCAAAAAACAGGUAUUUUUAAUAAAUGCAAGCAAAGAUAAUGAUAUGGCUGUGAGUUCACCAGAAAAGGCUAAUUUUGAUUUACAACUUUCUGAUAUUGAAUUUUCACAAAACUCUUGUCAUACACUGGAAAUGGAUGACAAAAGUUUUGGAGACAAUAAAGUUAACACUCCUGAGUCUAUUAAUCAUACCAGUAAACUCAACAUUCAAGAGCCAAUUUUCCAAGACAAUAAAGUUAACACUCCAGGAUCAAUUUUUCUUACCAGUAAACUCAACAUUCAAGAGCCAAUUUUCCAAGACAAUAAAAUUAACACUGGAGAGUCAACUUUUCCUACCAGUAAAGUUAACCUUCCAGAGAAAAGUACUCCAUCUAUCAAGGCUAACAAUCUUGAGUCACCAAUUUCCUCCUGCAACUCAGAAAAUAAAAUCUUCUUCAACAACAUGGAUGAGAGUGAGUCACCAUUUAUUGAGGAUCCUAAAGAUGUACCAAAUGUCUUCACAUGUAAGAGAAAAAGGAAAACACUUCAAAAAGCCAAACAGGAAGAACAGCAUUGCGAUGGCUCUUCAAAAGAAGUUUCUAGAUUAGACCUGAAACAAUCAUCUGCUUCAACAUUAAAGAAAAUAAAAUCAGGAUUUAAGCCACCAAUUAAAGUCAAGACAGUGGAAGGUCCUAAAACGAAUGAGAAAUCAACUUUAGAAGUACUGAAUUUCUCAAGCUGGAGCAUUCAACAGCAAGAAGAAUUUCUGGAAAGUUUAUUAUCUUCUCAGUGCUUAACUCUAACUAUGCUAUUCAGCAAUGGUCAGGCUUUGGUGAAUACAUUCUAUUCGGCUGCCGAUCACUCUAAGCCACAUUUAAAAAGUAUUGUGAUUAUGACAGAAGUUUCACAACUGCAAUGUGUUGCUAUACCCAUGAAUGUCAACCUUGAUGAAAAUAUCAAAAAUAUUUUGCUACAAGUAAUGGCCUCAGAAAAAAUAUGCAAAACAAUCUGCAACUUUAAAGAAUUUAUAGUGGAACUAAAUUCACUGUUUUCACUUGAUGCUUAUGACUGUGCAAAUGUUGAAGAUCCAGUUAUAGCAUCCUGGGUUGUGCAUUCUGAAAAUCAGCCUCUGAGUUUUUCACAAAUUUGCAGAACUUCUAAUUUUGAGUUUGUGUAUAAUGAAAGGGAAUGGCUUCCAUGUUUUCAGUUUACACCAAAUUUAAUGAAGGCUUUAAGGGUUAAGCUCAAGAAAGAUAACUUAUGGACAUUAUUCAAAAGUAUUGAAAUGAAGUUAGUUCCCAUUUUAUCCUGCAUGGAAUUGAAUUCCAUCAAAGUUGAUACUGAGAAAUUGGUUGGUUUUUCUGAAAUAUUAAAGUGCAAGUUGAACAGGUUAGAAGAAGCAAUAUACACAGAAGCUGGACAUAGGUUUUGUCUGAAUAGCCAUGUUCAGUUACGACAAGUUUUGUUUGAAGAACUUCAGCUUGAUAAAAAACUUCCAACAGAUAAGAAAAUUAUAAAGACCAGUUCAUUUCAAUUGAAAUCUACCUGUGAAUCUAGUCUUACUGUGUUGGCUAACUACCAUCAUUUACCAUCUCUAGUAUUAGAAUACAGACAGCUUCAGAAACUGAAAUCCACAUAUGUUGAUGGCAUUAUAGCUUGUGCUGUUAAUGGCCUGGUCAAGACACACUGGGAUCAGACAGCUGCUGCUACAGGUCGGCUUACCUCAUCACAACCUAAUUUCCAAGCUAUUCCUAAAAAUGUUAUUUCCAUCAGUGACUACAAACCUAAUUACAUAAUAGGAUUAAAAUCUUCACAAAAUGCUGUAAUAUAUGCCAGAGAACCUUUCAUAAGCAAGCCUGAACAUUCAUUUUUAGCAGCAGAUUUCCAACAAAUUGAACUAAGGAUUCUAUCACACCUUUCCCAAGAUCCCAUCCUUUUAAACAUUUUUAGCCAACAGAAAACAACUGACAUAUUUAUCUCCCUUACAUCACAAUGGCACAACAAACCUCCAGAAUCUGUUACUUCUCAAGAGAGGGAAAGUACCAAAAGAAUUGUUUAUUCCAUUGUAUAUGGAGCGGGAAAAGAGAAGUUGUCUGAUUACUUAAAAGUAAAGCCGCAAGUAGCAAAAGAUAUAAUGAAUAGUUUCCUAUUACAGUUUCCUUCAAUAGACAUCUUCAUAAAAAAGUGCUGGUCUUAUGCACAAGAUCACGGCUACACAGAGACAGUGUGUGGCAGGAGGAGAUACUUCCCCCACAUCAACCACCCAUCUCCAGUUCUCAGGGCACAGGCUCAAAGGCAGGCUGUCAACUUUUGUGUCCAGGGUUCUGCUGCGGACAUAUGCAAGCUGGCCAUGAUAGCAGUAGAGAACAAGCUUCAAGCAAAGGAGCAUUUAAAUACAAGGUUACUGCUACAAAUUCAUGAUGAACUUGUGUGGGAGGUGCCUGAUGAGCAUAUAACAGAAGCCAAAGAGGUUAUUCAACAAACAAUGGAGGAUACACAAAGUCUUUGCGCACAAUAUUGCAAUCUCCAGGUUCCUCUUUCAGUGACCAUCACUAGAGGGAAGUCUUGGGCUCAUCUGGAACCAUUUGAAUGAGAUAGCCAGUGCCACGUUUUGUUCAAAUAGAGUAUAGAGAUGAUAUAACUCAAAACAUGCUGUUCCAAUUAUACCCAUGUUUGGCACCUAUACAAGUUUGUGAGUUUUUAUUUUUUACAUCAUACUAUUUCAGUGGCAAACUCUAAGUCAUCUGGUGGGUGAAGAAGGGUGUCUGACUUGAAGUUGCCAAAAUUGUGUUAUGUUAUUUACAGAUGACAACUAAUGUUUAUACAUGUUUAACUUAAAUUAUUUCAGUUGUCAUGUAUUUUGUUUAGCUUACAUUUAGCAAUUGCAGAUAUAUUUACAGGUAAUAGAAUACUAAGAAUAUAUUGGGUAAACAUUUAAAAAUGAAGUCAUUACAAAAAAUUAUUUUGGAAUGGAUAUAUAAUCAAUACAACUUUAACAAAAAUGUCUUAUAUUAAAGAUUACUUAAGUGAAAUUAUGACUACUUCAUAAUGCCAUAACAAUACACCGGCUAGAUUGUAAUUUAUUUUGCCAUUUAUGUGUACAUUGUUAUUAACUUUAUAAUUGUUGAUACACUUGCUAUCUAUUGUUAGUGGAGGUUUUGGAAAUGUAUUGGCCAUCUUAUAUAUAAAUAUUUAGUUGACUAAAACUUGAGGUUGAAACAUUUAUGAAUAACUUUUGAAAAAUAUUUGAAGUUGUUUCAAACUUAGGUAUUUUAAAUGUUUGUUUUUGCGAAUAAUUUAAGUGAUACAAUUGUUUUUAUUUAUGAAUAAUA